UGAUGAGAACGUUUGUUGAUAUCUCCGUGUUCUGUCGUGUUUUCCGUGGGCUUGUGCAUCAGUUAUUAUUGUGAUGAUAAGUGUUGUUGAAUACUCGAGUAGCUCUGGUGAAAAUGACAGCCAUGAUUCCACGGAAGCUAAUCUACCACCCACCUUCCCUGACAAGCGUCCAGCCUCACCGUUAAAUGACACCAGCGAGUGCAAACGUUUCAAAACAAGCGAGCCAGAAAUACGAAGAGACGUCCGACUUCUACCUCUGCCCUCAGCAAUACAGACGUUGUAUGACGAUAGAACUGACGAGACACGGCGGGAGGAUAACAGUAAACAUGGCGGACGGAUACGGUCCUUUGCUCACGUGGAAGGCAACUGGGCCACGUUUGUGUAUGUCCCAGUCACCCCUGAUGACAGACUCCUGGAGCUCUUCACGUCCCUGCUCUCCUGUCUCCGACCCCUCCAGUUCCAGUUGAUGUCAGAUCACCAUGUGACACUCUCGCGGACAGUAGCGAUCCGGCACCACUGGAUAGAGUCACUCAGAGACACCUUGAAAGAAAACCUCACAACUUGUGAUGGCUGUAUCUGUGAUAUUGUGCAACCACGACUCUACACCAACGAUGAGAAGACCAGGACGUUCCUAUGUCUGGAAGUCCAGGAGGACGGAACUCACUUACGUCACUACGUGGAUGUGGUCAACAAGUGCUUCAAGGAGUUCCGGCUACAGGCGUACUACGAGAAUCCAUCAUUUCACAUCAGCAUUGCCUGGUGCUUGGGAGAUGUUACAGCUGAUGUAACAGACCAGAAACUAGGCCAGAUGAAGAAAAUGGUGCAAGUGUUUGGCCAGGAGAAUCCAGAUCUCAGUGUCCUUGAGGUUCGGGAGAUCGAGUGCAAGUCAGGGAACAAGGUUUUCCGAUUUCCUCUACAGCAGGACAGCUGACCCCAGACUUGAAACAAAUAAAAUCUUUAAACUAA